AUGCAAGUCGAUCUAGUCAACGCGAUAACGCUCCUGAAGCAAAACAAAUUGCAGGCCGCAUUCCGCAUCAUAAACCAAAGUCUCGACUCAAUGGGGCGCAUGAUCAAAAGCCAAGACCCGGAAAUCUUUUACAUGUUAUCCGGCUGCACCUUGCAGCUGGACGACGAUAUGGACAAGCUCCUGACCGUCUCCAUCUCCCAGAUGCACGGGGUGGUGUUGGGUCCGCAGCACCCCCUCAGUCUCGUAUGGAACAAGCUCAGGCAUAUGUUGUGGGUUUGCCGCGCGCGGACCAUCAGUAUGGUGGCCUUCGACAGCGCGCAGUUUCUCGAGACUCGGCUGGGGAUCCAGAACGGAGCGGUUUAUUCGGCAGUCACCUCGAUGACCAGUGUUCUUUAUAGCUUCCGCGAGACGGACGGCAAAGAGUUUCGCAUGGUCCUAUCCAAGUAUGCAACUGCCGCCGAAACAUACCUUGCAGAAGGAGACUCGCUGAGGUCCUGUCAAUGGUUCUUGAAGCUGGCCGGGUUUCAGUGUACAGCAGGACAGUACGAGCCAGCCAGAUACGCGUUGACCAGGGCUUUUGCUCUUGUCCAAGACGGUGAUAAGAGCUCCGGCAGCCAUUGGCUCAUAAUGGAGUUUUGUUAUUACUAUCUCAUGGCGAAUCUUCACUCCGAGUGCGGCACUAAAUGGGAUGCCGAGUCACUUGAAUACUAA